CCCUUCUUAGCGAACGAGUGGGAACCCGUUCCUUCAAGAACGGCAGAAGAACACCGCCUUUCGGGAGCCGCCGCGACGGAGCUACGGCGAAAGGAAAAAAAAAAGGGAAGAGAGAUCCGCCGCAGGUAGAGCAAGGGCAAGGUCAUGGACUACCGAAACAAGCUUGUUCUCGCCCCUAUGGUUCGGGUGGGAACUCUGCCAUUUAGGUUACUGGCUGUUCAAUAUGGUGCAGAUAUAACUUACGGGGAGGAAAUAAUAGAUCAUAAAAUGGUGAAGUGUGAACGCCAUGUAAAUGAGUCUCUUGGAGCCAUUGAUUUUGUAGAGAGAGGAACGAACAGUGUUGUUUUCAGAACUUGUUGCGAGGAAAGGGACAGGGUUGUAUUUCAGAUGGGCACGGCAAAUGCCGUGAGGGCUCUAACUGCUGCUCAAAUAGUGUGCAAAGAUGUAGCAGCUAUAGACAUCAACAUGGGUUGCCCCAAGUCCUUCUCUAUCAGUGGAGGAAUGGGUGCUGCAUUACUCUCUAAUCCAGAACUUAUUCAUGAUAUUUUGACUACAUUAAGGAGGAAUUUGGACACAGUAGUAACAUGUAAGAUUCGUCUUCUCAAUUCAUCUCAAGAUACAAUAGAAUUAGCACGGCGAAUUGAAAAGACUGGUGUUUCAGCUCUGGCCAUUCAUGGAAGAAGAGUUAAAGAUAGACCAAGGGAUCCUGCGAAGUGGAAUGAGAUUGCUGAUGUUGUAGCAUCAUUAUCUAUACCUGUUAUAGCUAAUGGUGACGUCUUUGAGUAUGAAGAUUUUGGACGGAUUAAAGAUGCUACAGGUGCCUCAUCGGUGAUGGUGGCUAGAGGUGCACUGUGGAAUGCGUCUAUUUUUUGUGCCAAAGGCAAAUCAUCCUGGGAAGAUGUUAAGAGAGAGUAUGUAAGAAAGUGCAUCUUGUGGGACAAUGAUAUUAAAAGCACAAAACACACUUUGAAGGAGAUGAUAACACAUUACUCUUCCCUUGAACUUGCCGAAGGAAAAGCUGUAAUUAAAUCUGAGACUACAGCAGACUUGGCGACAAUAUAUGGGGAAGAGGAGUACUAUCAUUUUGUUACUUCCAAUAGGCCAUGACUGGCAAUAUACAUUCUUUGCAUCAAUCAACAUCCACCGAUGCUUACCCAACCAAAAUGACAUUUCAGGACAGCAUCAUAAAAUUAUACAAUAAUCAUCUGUGGGGAGCAAACUGUAUACUGAUACCAGAUCCAACCUUGGCUGCAAUCCCUAAACUGUGGCAACCUGUUUUUUUUUUUGACUAUUUGUUCAAUUGAUUGGUCAAUAUACCAGCUUUUGCAGAGGGAGGACUUUCAGGUUGGCAUUAAAUAGAACAACCAGCCAGUCCGUAGUAAGUAAAUUUUGGAUAAGAACUGUUAAGAGGAUGGAAAGAGUAAAAUUGAAGUUGGCUGUGAUCUAUGACUGGAUCUUUCCAUUUCUUGAAGGGACCUGCAAGGAUCCAAACUCAAACAGCAUAUACAACCCGACUUGGAAACUUGUAUGAAGGAUGUAUGUAGCGUAUAACAUUACUGAAAGAUAAAAUUUUAAUUUGUAAAAAGGCUAAUCCAAUAAACGUUAACAAAUGACGAUGGGUUUUGCUGUCA